AUGGACAAACUGCGAAAGAAGUCGAUUUCGAUGAAAGAAACUGAAAGCACAGAUCCAGAUCGCUGCUUCGAUAUGGGAUACGUCGCCGGGCAACUGGGGCACGUUUUCGCACCUACGCCUAGAAGUACACUAUCGUCCUCACCUGCCAACUCCAAGCAGGAGAACAAGUCCUCGCAGGGAGGAGGGCGAGACGAAACAAGGCAGGUUGAAGCUGAAGAUGGGAGUGACGGUUCCUCUAGAGACCCCGUUGACGGCUAUGGGACGUUCCCAUGGACUCUCGCGAGUGAAAGGAAGGCUUUGGGUCGAGAGGCAGAAACUCGUACUGAAAUCUACGAAGAUUUGUUAGGAGGGUUCGACACGACUUCGUGGCUGUUCCAAAAUGAGGCUGCAGGUCUGUGGGCGCAUUACGUGGUCCGUGUGGACAGUGUGAAUGACGUGGACAGCGACAACGCGAUGAGUACCGGAGUGCAGUGGCAAAUCCGAUAUUACGACGCAGAGAGCUUUGGGGGAAUGCACGCAACGGACCCAUACGCCCUGCAUCGAGCAUUGGAGAGCGACGAGAAGAUCCCACUUCCUUCAGGAAACAGCUUGGGCGGAAAGUUAAGGCUACUUGUAUUAGAAAUAGAAUUAGUAUUAGGUAGAGAAUGAAAAAUUCACCUACUCGUCUAACUCUAACUUCUUUAUUCUACAACAUGAUCUUCUACUCUUUCUGGUUUCAUCAGCGCGUUCACGUCCAUGUUUGCAAUAGAGUACUUAUUCAUACGGAUUCUGAAUACGAAUAAAAGGUCCUCUAAGGAAGGCGCUUUUCUCUUGUCGCGCUACGAUGCUGUUUGGCAGUGACAGCGAAUAUUCGCCACUUCUCUACCUGAUCGCUCGAAGCAGCCCCGAUGGAGAUCGACGCUAG